AUGGGGAUCUUAUCGGUCUUACGCCACCCUACUGCCGAUAAGCGCCUGACUUUGUUAGCGCUAAUGAGCAUCGGAGCAGUUAUUUAUUUCAAUUUCGUGACGUUAUUCGCCAUGAGUUUAGCAACACUGGUCACCAUACCACAUCUAUUCAAGUAUACUAUGCAAAAACACUACAUAUUCGCUGUGUUCAUGUUCGUAAAUACAUACUGGAACUACUUGAUGGCGUAUUUCACCGAUACAACGGCACGAAGACUCCCGAAAGACGUCUGGGAGUUCCACCAACAGCAGAAGACCAAGCCGGUGCGCUGUUACUCGUGUAAGCUGUGUGGUGACUGCAUCGUGAAACGCGAUCACCACUGUUUUUUCAUGAACACGUGUAUUGGAUACUACAAUCAAAAAUACUUCAUGUGGUAUUGCCUGUAUAUGAGCGUUGGGACGUUCUAUUCGUUAAUUACAACAGCCAUGUACAACAACGCCGUGUUCGGUACUCAGUUCAACGGCAGCACAACGUUUUUCACUCUGGGACCUAAAACUGUUUACUUGUGGCUUGUAGGAAGGGCGCCGCUUGGUGAAAUGAUUCUUGUCACGUACCUGUAUGUGUGUCUGGCUGGUGGCACUGUGUGCCUCGGUUUCUUCUGUUGGCAGUUAUGGAUUUCCUUCAUGGGCCUUACCACAUUCGAAGCCAUGCAUGACAUGCCAGGGAUUAAUAAUGGCUUUUAUAACAAUAUGACUGAUGUUUUGGGGAAAUUCUGGAUUCUCGGGGCAGUGUUCCCAAUAUGCUUACCCCAGCAUGGGAAUGGUAUCUAUGGCGAUAAAUUUGGUGUUAUGGAUGGUGCGAAUGAAGUUACCAAGAAGAAUGCAUUGAAAGUAAAGAAGAAAGUUGAAAACAAUAAACGAAACAAUAAAACUAAGAAGAACAACUGA